CAGGAGGCAGGAGCAAUGCAUCUGUUGCCAUCAGUCUGCAAGGAACAGAGGAAAGCAUUAGCAAGAGACAAAACAUCUCUACAAGUGGAUAUUGUUCCAAGCCAGGGGGAGAUCAGCGUUGGAGAAUCCAAAUUCUUCUUAUGUCAAGUGGCAGGGGAAGCCAAAUACAAAGACAUUUCCUGGUUUUCUCCUAAUGGUGAGAAGCUGACGCCCAACCAACAGCGCAUCUCGGUGGUGCGAAAUGACGACUUCUCCUCCACCCUCACCAUCUACAAUGCCAACAUUGAUGAUGCUGGCAUUUAUAAAUGUGUUGUCAGCAGCGUGGAGGAGGGAGACUCCGAGGCCACCGUCAAUGUCAAAAUUUUCCAAAAGCUGAUGUUCAAGAACGCUCCCACUCCUCAGGAAUUCAAGGAAGGGGAUGAUGCUGUGAUUGUGUGUGAUGUGGUCAGCUCGCUGCCUCCUACCAUCAUUUGGAAACACAAAGGAAGGGAUGUUAUCCUAAAAAAAGAUGUUCGAUUUAUAGUCCUGUCCAACAACUACCUGCAGAUCCGGGGAAUUAAGAAAACAGAUGAAGGGACGUACCGCUGUGAGGGCCGGAUCUUGGCUCGUGGGGAGAUCAACUUCAAAGAUAUUCAGGUCAUUGUAAAUGUACCUCCUUCUGUGCGUGCCAGGCAGAGCACUAUGAAUGCCACUGCCAACCUCAGCCAGUCUGUCACCUUAGCGUGUGAUGCUGACGGCUUUCCUGAGCCAACCAUGACGUGGACAAAGGAUGGAGAGCCAAUAGAGCCAGAGGAUGACGAAGAGAAAUACAGUUUUAACUAUGAUGGGUCCGAGCUAAUCAUCAAGAAGGUAGAUAAGAGUGAUGAAGCAGAGUACAUCUGCAUCGCUGAGAACAAGGCUGGCGAGCAGGAUGCCACCAUUCAUCUCAAAGUCUUUGCAAAACCCAAAAUCACAUAUGUGGAGAAUAAAACAGCUAUGGAGCUGGAGGAUCAGAUCACGCUGACCUGUGAGGCAUCUGGGGACCCAAUCCCUUCCAUCACUUGGAGAACCUCAACCCGGAACAUCAGCAAUGAAGAGAAGGCUUCGUGGACCCGGCCCGAGAAGCAAGAGACCCUGGAUGGGCGCAUCGUAGUGCGGAGCCAUGCUCGGGUGUCAUCCCUGACUCUGAAAGAAAUUCAGUACACAGAUGCCGGAGAGUAUGUAUGCACAGCCAGCAACACCAUCGGGCAGGACUCCCAAGCCAUGUACCUCGAAGUGCAGUAUGCCCCAAAGCUUCAGGGCCCUGUGGCUGUCUACACCUGGGAAGGGAAUCAAGUGAAUAUCACUUGCGAGGUAUUUGCUUACCCCAGUGCUGUCAUCUCCUGGUUCCGGGAUGGACAGCUGCUUCCCAGCUCCAACUACAGCAACAUCAAGAUCUACAACACUCCAUCAGCAAGCUACCUGGAGGUGACACCAGACUCUGAGAAUGACUUUGGAAACUACAACUGCACUGCUGUGAACCGCAUUGGCCAGGAGUCCUCAGAGUUCAUUCUUGUGCAGGCGGAUACUCCGUCCUCUCCUUCUAUUGACAGAGUGGAACCAUACUCUAGUACUGCCCGGGUGGAGUUUGAUGAACCUGAAGCUACUGGUGGGGUGCCCAUCCUCAAGUACAAGGCAGAGUGGAGAGCACUGGGCGAGGGAGAAUGGCAUUCGAGGCUGUAUGAUGCAAAAGAAGCAAAUAUGGAGGGCACGAUCACUAUCAGUGGCCUGAAGCCUGAGACAACCUACUCUGUGAGACUGUCUGCAGUGAACGGCAAGGGUGUGGGUGAGAUCAGCCUGCCAUCGGACUUCAAGACGCAGCCAGUUCGGGAACCCAGUGCACCCAAACUGGAAGGUCAGAUGGGAGAAGACGGAAACUCCAUUAAAGUGAAUGUUAUCAAGCAGGAUGAUGGUGGCUCCCCGAUUAGACAUUACCUGAUCAAAUAUAAAGCCAAGCACUCCUCAGAAUGGAAACCAGAGAUCAGACUUCCUUCUGGCAGCGACCACGUCAUGCUGAAGUCUCUGGACUGGAAUGCAGAGUACGAGGUUUCUGUGAUAGCUGAAAACCAGCAAGGGAAGUCCAAACCAGCUCACUACGCCUUCCGAACGUCUGCUCAGCCCACUGUCAUCCCAGCCAGCACUAGCCCUACAUCAGGCCUCGGCACUGCUGCCAUUGUAGGCAUCCUCAUUGUGAUCUUUGUGCUGCUCCUGGUGGCUGUGGAUGUCACCUGCUACUUCCUGAACAAAUGUGGCCUGCUGAUGUGCAUUGCUGUCAACUUAUGUGGCAAAUCUGGACCAGGAGCCAAGGGCAAAGACAUGGAGGAGGGCAAAGCCGCCUUUUCGAAAGAUGAGUCCAAGGAGCCUAUCGUGGAAGUGCGGACUGAAGAGGAGCGGACCCCCAACCAUGACGGGGGAAAACACACAGAGCCCAACGAGACCACCCCACUGACAGAGCCAGAGCACACCGCCGAUACCGCAGCUACCGUUGAGGACAUGCUGCCUUCUGUAACUACGGGCACCACUAACUCUGACACUAUCACUGAAACUUUUGCCACAGCCCAGAACAGCCCCACCAGUGAGACCACCACACUGACCUCCAGUAUUGCCAUGCCAGCCGCGGCCAUUCCCGACUCCAACUCCAUGUCGCCUGGCCAGGCUACUCCAGCCAAAGGGGGAGCCGCCUCAGUCUCUUCACCACCGCCCUCCUCUACCCCCAAAGUGGCCCCCCUUGUCGAUCUCAGCGACACCCCGAGCUCUACUCCAGCUGCUAAUAAUUUGUCUUCAAGUGUCCUGUCCAACCAAGGCGCAGUGCUCAGCCCCAGCACUGUCGCUAACGUGGCCGAGACCUCCAAAGCAGCAGCUGGUAACAAGGCAGCUGCCCCAAGCCCUGCAAACCUCACUAGCCCUUCAGCUCCAUCAGAGCCCAAGCAGGAGGUCUCAAGCACCAAGAGCCCCGAGAAGGAAACUGUGCAGCCCAGCACAGUGAAGAGCCCAACAGAGACAACCAAGAACCCAAGCAAUGUGAAGAGCGAGGCUGCUUCAGGCAGCACCACAAACCCUUCCCAGAAUGAGGACUUUAAAAUGGACGAAGGGACCUUCAAGACACCAGACAUUGAUCUUGCAAAGGAUGUUUUUGCAGCUCUUGGCACUACUACUCCUGCCAGUGUGACUAGCGGGCAAGCUCGCGAGCUCGCUUCUUCCACUGCAGACAGCUCUGUACCUGCUGCACCUGCAAAGACCGAGAAAACCCCAGUAGAAGACAAAUCUGAAGUGCAAGCAACGGAACUAAGACACCUCCAGCAGAAGUCAAGACGGUCCCAAACGAAGCCACACAAACAAAUGAAAAUGAGAGCAAAGCAUGAUCAGCGACAGAUGAAAAAAUGACAGAACAACUUCACCCAAGCAUUUAAAACACGAAACACAACACACAUCUCAUUCCUCUAGUGUCUGUUGCCUUUUUUUUAAAAAAAUACAAAACAAAACAGAAAAUGCAUAAACGGGGGGGGGGUUCUCUCUUUUUCUUUUUUUUUUUUUCUUUUUUUCUUUUUUUUUAAAAAGAUUUUUAGAAAGGUUCUAUUUGUUGUGCACUUGCUUUUAAAAAGUAAAACAUUUUAAAAACAGGGUUAAACCCACAACCAAACCAGGGCUUAGCUGACCCUGCUUAUUCAAAUAAGCAAAACUGCAAAUACCAGUUAAAACAUCGCUGAGGAGCUCAAAAUCAACUAGUCUUAGGCAAAGGAAAAAAAAAAAAAAAAAAAAAGAAAGAAAAAAAGACCCUGUUCUUUCCUUGGUUAGUAUACUAGAUAUAACCGCUGUACUGCUUGACUACUUGGUACAGAUGGUCCUUAAUGAACAAAGUCCACAAUUUAUUUUUAUACUUUUCAGUCGAGUUUGAAAUAUGUAAAGCCUCAUAAAUAAGUUAUAAUUUCUGUUCACCUUGUAUUUGUUCAGUAUGCAAAGUGUCUUGGCUCUUUGUGGCUGAAUUCUGUUCUCCACAUUAGACAUUUAUUUGGGGGGUUAUUUUUUUUUUUUAGGAAGAAUGCCAAAAUUGCAGCUUCGGGGGAUAUAUUUCAAUUUGCAGUAUUCAGACUCUACAUUUCUUUAAAUUUUAUGUUAAUUUUUGCCAACUUUUGUUCUUUCCAGUGUUUACAAUUGACAAAUAUUUUUUUAACUUUUGUUGUGUUUAAAUGUAUGUGUAAAAUAGCUGCCUUUUUUUUUUUUUUUUUUUUAAGUGAAUCCAGUCUAUAGAUACUAGGUUAGCAGCAUGCUUGCUUUGCAAAGGGAGACAUUUUUAAAUAUCGAUGUUUACAGUAGUUUCCCCUUUAUCUUUUUUAAUUAUUAUAAUAAUUAUAAUUAUUAUUAUUAUUUCUUACUGGAGUAAGAAAAAGAGUAAUGCUGGUCUUUGGUUUGUUUUUUUGGGGGGGCGGGGGGUGGGGAUAUUCCAACCACUUGUCAUCAACUGAGGUCUGUACCCAGCAAUCCACAUAAACACACGCUUAGCUUGGAAUGAGAGAGUUGCUGGCGAGAGUCCUUAUAUGCUUAAAUUUAUUAAGAGUGUAAGUCCCUUGCUGGACCUGGGCCUGACUGCAUAAGAAAAAUAUCAUCUCUGCUUUUUUAGGACAUUCUCCCUUUUCCUUCAUGGAACCCUCCCAGAGCUUUGAGAGGCAGAAGAGAGAUUGUACAGUUAGGGCUGGGCUGGUCUUAUCUCAGAUGUUCGAUGACAUCAAUUUCUCCUUUAUAUGGCAGUAAACGCCGUUUCCUUUGACCCCAGAAAGCUGAUUUAAAAGCAAUGACUUUCUGCACUUAGAGAAAAAAGAAGUUUGCUUUUGAGGAGUGGUAACACUAAAAAAGAAAAAAAAGGAACGUCCUUCUCUCGUGGAUGAAGUUCCUGAGCACAGGGAUGCUUGGCAGCGUGCAAGCGCCCUCCUGCACGGCACGUCUGUCCAUGGGUGCUCUGCAGAAACAAAAUCAGUGCUUGGAAAGCGGUGCCAAGGCUCCGCUUGAUUCUCUGGUCUUUGGAUCAUGUCUUUAAGUCAGAAAAGGGGCUGAUGCAGCAUCACUGUGCAGGGGGGAGCAGUGGGAGUUAGCCUUGGGAGUCACGGAGUAAUACCAAGAUUUGGGGGUGAGAAGGCGCUUGAGCAGAAGGAAGGAAGAGCAGAGGUGUACAGGGGUAGACCAGCCCGUUGUAUAGAGCUGUUCCUUCUCUGGGGGUUUUGUUGUUUAUUUUUUCCUUUAUUUCUUUUUUUUUUUUUUCUUUUUUUCUUUUCCUUUUUAUUUUUUUUUUAAUUCUACUUUAGAUCUGCAAGCUUGUGCACUGUGGGUGCGUGACUAUUUUAGUGUGAAACGUGUUUUUUGUCAUAGUAUUGAAAAAAUUAAAAAAAAAAGCUUCAACAUAGUUUGAAUGUGGAAGGUGUAGCAGAUAGAUCAGAUUUGAAGAAUUUAUUCAGGAAAAAAAAAAAAAAAAGAGAACAACUCUAACAAGGAACAGAAGCCUUUAAAUGAAAAGCAAAACUGAGCUGGCUAUGGCAUCCAUUCCAAUGUGCGAAGGUGACAAACAGAAGGAUGAUGGGGGGCAGAGGGACUGCUGUUUGGCUCAGUGUAGCUGAGCCACUCUCGUUGAUGUUAUCUUCCACGUACGCAGUCUUCUCCAGUGGCAUCGCAGAUUUUCGAACUGAAAAUGAUGGUUUUGUCAUUUGCUAAGUGUGGGGUUUUUUGCGUUUUUUCCUCAGCUCCUGGGGAUGGAAAUGGAGGAUGACUGGAUACGCAGGCACAGACACGCAUGCAAUACCCAUCCCGAGCAGGACAUCAGGGCAGGAUAGGUCCUCACUUCAAAGCCUUGUGGCAGAUUUGGCCCUUGCUUGACCCAGGACAGCAGUGGCAGUGUAAGUAAGGCAAAAUUUUGCCCGUGGUCCCUGGGGCUUUUUCUUUUCUAAGAAGUCACUCCGUGAAAUACACGAUGAAAACUCACCGUGGUCUACAGCUGGGGAGAGUCCUUGGGGCAGCAGAGGACUGAGUGGUGGCAGGCAAUACAAUACGUACCUCUGUUCCUUGGGAUAGCCACAACAGCUUGUUCCUCAUUUCCGUGACGUUUUUGACUGCUGUUGUCCUCUUUACGUUAUACCUCAUAAGUUAUGUCCCGUUGAGAGCUGAGCAGCCCAUAGGGAACAAAUGCUAAUGACCAGAAACGUGUCCAGGGACACUGGUCAGCGCCUGCCGGGUGAAAUUUGUGACUCUCACCUUGGGCUGGCGUUUCUGUUGUAGCAGGUAACCAGCUGAGGGCCCGAUCCACCACCCAGCCACGUCUUUAGAAAUGGCCCCGCUGGCUGCGGUGGGUUUGUAUGGCCCGAUGGAGUGAGCAUCACCCCAAGGCAGGAGUCACCCCGUGGUGCCUGAGCCCUGGCUCUGUCCUCUUGCUGUUAAUGCUCUCGUGACACCACCCGACACCCAGUGCUUGUAGGUUCAUUCUGAGGACUGUUUUUAUACUUGCCCUUAAUGCAGAAUUUGUUUUAAUUUAGAUGUAUCCCGCUCCGGAGAUAGCUUAGGCUUCAUUGGUUUUAUUUCACUUUUUGAAGAGGGACCAACCUGAUGCCGUUUGCGCUGUAUAUGUUUAUAUAUGUAUCCAUGCCAUACAUAUAUAUAUCUAUAUGGCACCUCAGACUGAUCAGCUUCUAGUUGUGGAGUGAUUGCAUUUCAUGCUGCACCAUACGUAAAGAUGAUGAGAUAAUAGUGCAUCCAGUUGUUCAGCUUUUAGAGUGGAGUUUUAUUUUCACACUUUUCUAUGGAGCCUUCAAACCCCAGAUUUUCACACUAGGCUGUUUUGAUAGUUGUUCUCAGACCCUCCAUUGACAUCCUUACCCAGCAUUCCCUACUUUUGGGGGCCUUCUAUCUUGUUAAAAAAACGAAAAAACAAAAAAUCUUUUUACCGAGUGAAACAUCGAUUCCACCUUUAUUCCCAUUCUCACUGGUGUAAAUACUGAUACUAACUGAGGAUUUUGACUUUGCAUUCUGUCAGAAUACUGUGUUCAAAUAAAAGUUACAAAAAAAAAAAAAAAAAAAAAAAA